AUGGACUUUACGACGUCCGGAAUCCUCAUCCUGCAGAUGUUGCUUCUAGUUGCAUGCGGGACAUUGGGGAACCAUAGGCAUUUUCAUAUGCAGUAUACCAUGAGGGAGAACGAAUCGGUGGGAUACCGCGUGGGUUGCCUUGAUGAUGACUUGCUGCAACAGCAGCAUAUGGUAAAUUUUUCCAGCCUCUGCAACCACCAUGGCGAACAACGAUGUAAAGACCUAAAGUUCCGUUUACGUGAGCGCUCCGACCUCUUUGAGCUGGAUGAAACUUCUUCAGCACUCGAGACAAAGACAGAUAUUGAUUUUGAGGAACUCUGCUCUGUACACUGUCUAGCUGGCAGUUUGGAACUGUGGCUUACGCUGGUGGUAAAUGUAUGGUUGGAACGGAAGCUGGUCGCGGUUAUCAGUGUGCAUAUCAAGGUGGAGGAUACUGACGAUAAUAUGGUCAUGUUUCCUGCAGAUAUUUCACGACCUUUUGAGCUGCGUCUGAAGGAGGUCAUCUAUACUAAGGGUAAGACCAUCGAACUGCCGAAAGCCAUAGAUAUGGACGUGUCUCCAAAAUUUUCCCUCAUCUCCUACCGUUUGGAUUUUUCACCGCGACAAUGGAAUUCCCUAAAGAUGUUUGGACUGACAAUUACCAACGAUUCUCGACCGUUUUUGGUGCUGAAGGAGGAUUUAGACUACGAGGAUACCAAUGAAUACGCCUUCAGCUUGGUUGCCUGGAAUCCUGAACUACAGAGUGCCCAGAUGGAUAUCUCGAAAGCAAGCCAGGCUGCAACUCUACCAAUCAUAGUUAAGGUCAUCAAUAUUAAUGAUAUGGAACCAAGUUUUACUCAAUCCCUCUACAAAGUUGAAGUUUAUGAGGACACGCCCGUAGGCACUGUCAUACUUGAGGUGAGCCAGUUCUCCUUACUCUUAUGCAUUUGGACCCUGCAUUCGAUAAUAUUUUGUAGGUCCACCCUUUCGCAACCUUUCCUCUCCAUACUUCGCUUUGUACAAAGCCUAUAA